UUUCAUCAUGAAACCGGCCGGCAGGGACGCAGAAUGGGACGCCUUCCUCAUGCCCUUCAGCCCGCGUCUCUGGCUUGUUCUGCUAGCAACGAUCCUGUUCAUUGCCUUCUACCUGUCCACGUUCUACAGCAUCGGACGCUGGGUCGGUAAUGAAGAGUCAGGAGGUCCAGAACUGUACACGUUUUACGAUUCGAUACUGUACAUUUUCGGCGCCUUCUGUCAACAAGGUCAUGACCUCACCCCGCGCUCGACGUCCUGCAGGCUUGUCUACAUCACGGCGUACCUUACAGCCCUUGUACUGCUGGCUGCAUACUCUGCGGCCCUAAUAUCAUCCCUCACAGUCUACCGAUCAAAUCUGCCUUUCCAAGACUUGGAAGGGAUCCUCAGAGAUAAGACUUACAAACUCGGUGUCGUAAACAUGUCUGAAAUAUAUUACACUGUCUCGGACCCAACGGAUAAAGACAUUUUCCAUGAGGUGUAUUCGAAACUGAUGUUACCCGACCAGGAUAACUUCCCACGGACUGUGCUCCAAGGGUUAAAGCGAAUCUGUAACAUCAGAUACGCCUUCAUGUCCAUACCAGAGAGCGUCAUGCCACUGCUGAAUCAAAUGAACUGCACCAUCGUACCGCUGGCUUACAACACAUACCCCAUCAGCCUUGCUAUGGCGUUUUCACCGAGGAGUCCCUACACAGACUUCUGGAGCUACAGACUGCGGAUGCUGCGUGAUGGGGGAGUGAUUUACAGGCUACGCACCGACAGCUGGCCAUACCUGGGACAAGACAUGACGAAGAGUACCACCGUCGGGGUGGACCUGAAGGCAGUCGCUCCACUUCUGGCCCUGCUGUCGGCGAGCACUGUCAUGUCCGUCGUGAUUCUUUUCCUCGAGCGAGGGAGGUUCUCCGUCUCGGACAGACGUUCUCGGGGCAGAACUCGACGGGAAAGGAACGCUUCCCGACAGCAGAUGGUCAUCAUGCACGCGGCACCGGAAAAACCUUCGAUCGUGCCUCUUCGUCCCGGAGGUCGGAAAGACUGA